GGAAGCUUGAGAGUUCAGCUGGAGAGAGAGAAAUGAGAAAAGAAGAUGAUUCCCAGGGACGGAACUGUCAAACGAAUCUGUUCAGAUUUGUGACUUUUGUAUAGUCAAUAUACAUUCAAGGUGGAGCCUGUCACUUUUCAGCUGUGUUUCUGUCAAUCAGUCGACGACAAUGUUGAUUCGUUAGAGGGUUUUUGGAGAAAAAGGGGGUAGCAUUAGGUAUUGUUGCUAGCUAGCUGUGCUAGCUAGCUAGCUAGCUAACGCUACGUUUGAGUGACUGGAUACGGGUUUCGUGAACCGGUGAGUUCUCUCUCUCUCCGCGCUGUCAAUCACAGCGGCUGCGAUUGAGCCGUCUGCUUGGACCGUAUUUUGGCACUGCAAGGAUUUCCGGAGGAGGAUUGCAUGUAUUUUAUUUGGGGGUGUUUGCAAGACGAAUUGCAGGAUUGGGAAAAGUCGGGCCUGCACGGAGGAACGGAGCGAGGCCCAUCUUUAUGAUCCAGAAGAAGCCUUUCUAAUCCUGUUGACCACUGCUAGCUUUGCUAGCCAGCUCGUCUCUGCGAGGACCUGCAACGUUCAGAGUGCAGCAAGCAAUUGAGAGCAAAGCCAGUGGCCACGCCAGAAACAACCAGACAGUGAACAUUAGACCGCAUCGUUUUCUUCAUUUUAUCAAUUCAAAGACUCCUGUGAUUUGCUACAAUGGCUGCGAUUAUAAAAGAAAUUGUCAGCCGGAACAAAAGGAGAUAUCAAGAGGAUGGGUUCGACUUGGACUUAACAUAUAUCUAUCCAAACAUCAUUGCAAUGGGCUUUCCUGCAGAGAGACUCGAAGGCGUGUACAGAAACAAUAUAGAUGACGUUGUACGGUUUCUUGACUCAAAACAUAAAAACCAUUACAAAAUCUACAACCUCUGCGCAGAAAGACACUACGACGCUGCCAAAUUUAACUGCAGAGUUGCACAAUAUCCCUUUGAAGACCACAACCCACCUCAGCUGGAGCUGAUCAAACCGUUCUGUGAAGACCUGGACCAGUGGCUCAGCGAGGAUGACAAUCAUGUGGCAGCCAUCCACUGUAAGGCCGGGAAGGGCCGCACCGGGGUGAUGAUCUGUGCCUAUCUCCUCCACCGCGGCAAAUUCCUUGAAGCCCAAGAAGCACUUGACUUCUACGGUGAAGUCAGAACAAGGGACAAAAAGGGAGUAACGAUCCCCAGCCAGCGUCGCUACGUCUACUACUACAGUUACCUACUGAAGAACCAGCUGGAGUACAAGCCCGUGGCGCUCCUCUUCCACAAAAUGGUGUUUGAGACGCUCCCCAUGUUCAGUGGAGGCACCUGCAGGGACAGUACCGUUAAAAACAGGAGCGAGCCGACCCCUCAGGGCUUCAAGAAAGGGAAUUGGCAUUGGGAUCCCCAGUUUGUGGUGUACCAGCUGAAAGUGAAGAUUCACACGUCCAACCCAGCUCACACGCGGCGUGAGGACAAGCACAUGUUAUUCGAAUUCCCGCAGCCUCUGCCCGUUUGUGGAGACAUCAAGGUGGAAUUCUUCCAUAAACAGAAUAAGAUGAUGAAGAAGGACAAAAUGUUUCACUUCUGGGUGAAUACCUUCUUCAUACCUGGACCAGAGGAGAGCGCGGAGAAGGUGGAGAACGGCACAGUGGUGAAUGACGUGGACAGCCCAGCCAGCCAGCAGGCAGGACUGGGCCAGGGCCAGCCGCAGAGUGCCGAGCGCAGGGACAGCGACAGGGACUACCUCAUCCUGGCGCUCACUAAGAACGACCUGGACAAGGCCAAUAAAGACAAAGCUAACCGCUAUUUCUCACCAAACUUCAAGGUGAAGUUAUAUUUUACAAAAACCGUGGAGGAACCCUCGAAUUCUGAGGCAAGCACUUCGACAUCUGUCACCCCGGACGUUAGUGACAAUGAGCCGGACCAUUAUCGAUAUUCUGACACCACUGACUCUGAUCCAGAAAAUGAACCUUUUGACGAGGAGCAACACACACAGAUCACAAAAGUGUGAACUCUUUUUAACAGGAAGAGAAGAAAAUAUACGCCAGAGAAGAGAAGAAAAAAAGGAGAAAACUUGAAUAUGAACUCAAACGAAGAACCUUUGUCCCUUCCCUCCCCCAGACGGCAAGAGAAUAUCAUAUCAAAUGCCAAUUUUAGGGAAAAAAGAUGAAUAUCCUGACCAAUAUAUUGUUUCUAUUAUUCUUUUUUUCUUUGGCACGGCCGUUUACCAUGUGCGAGGUAUCAACACUGUUGCCCCGUGGGAAAAGGUGCUGUAGCUCUAAAAAUGUGUUUAUAUAUAUAUACAUACAUAUAUGUAUAUACAUAUAUACAUGCAUAUAUAAACAAACUUUUUUGUGUCAAAGACAAUGGAAAGAGUACCACAAUCAGGAGACGGGAGUUGAAGUGUGGGAGAAGUUAAAAAUGAUGUACUAGGACUAUGCUGCUCCUUCUCCUGUCUAAACCAAGGCCAGUGCUGCAGGCACUUUGUUUCUCUCCCUCUCUUCUCCUCCUCCCCCCUUCUCUCCUCUCCUCUCCACCCUCCCACACCCGCCCCACCCUCCUCCUAUCCUCCUUUACUGUGAAUGCUUCUUGUGCUCUUUGCAGGCUGUCUCACGUGACUUUGGCCUUUGUGCAGUGCAAACUGCAUGCGGGCAGUGGGUUGGGGGUGGGCAGGGUUAUGAAGAGGCUGUGAUGUCUAAAGCAUUGCCAUUCCUUUUCCCCACUGUGUAUACGUUAAAUUAUGCAGAAAAAGCAUCCCAUGUAAUUGUCAAUGUUUUUUUUAUCCUAAGAUAAUAAAAAUAUAAUACACGAAAACAGCAGGGAGACAAGUGUUUGCAAUAAUGUCAACACUACAUUUAAAGGACAAUAGUGGUGUGCAUGUAUUGGAAUUGGCGUCCAUCCCUAAUAAAUGUAUGCAAUGUUGUCUUUUCUUAAAGAAA